AUGGCCUGCGUGUUGGCCUCGAUCGCCUUGGUCGUGGCGUCGGAUGAAGAUUGCAGGGAGGCCAGGGUCUUGGCGAGGGUCUCCAGGGUGGACUUGAGAUCGUCCUCCAUGGCAGCGGCUUGGAUGGGGAUACUUCCACGAAUCUGUUUUCUGUUGGAGGUUUUGUCCAAAUACAACAGGCAAACUUGCUUGAAUUUUGUGAACCAUGGAGUUUUUCAGCAGGCAUUGUGGCACUGGUACAGAAAAGCUGGUACUAUUGAGGACUGGGUAAGAUCUGGAAAGGAAAAAUGCAAGCUUAGUUCAGCAAUGAUGGUUGAGCAGCUGUGGUUUUGGAGAACCUGCAUCUCUUAUGGGUUUUGUAUAGCUCACUUUGCUGAUUUCUUUCCUGUUUUGUGUCUGUGGCUCAGUCCUCCUGAGUUUGAGAAACUAAGUGAACACAAUGUUCUUGUUGAGUUUAGUUCUGUUGCUAGAGAGUCAUAUCUUGUCUUAGCAGCUCUGGCACAAAGGUUACCGCUCCUUCAUUCAGUGGAGCAGCUUGCCAAUCAAGAUCUGGGAGUUUCUGCCAGUUAUAUUGAGACAUGUUCUUGGAGCCAUGUUGUCCCGAUGGUAGACUUAGCAUUAUCUUGGUUACAUCUUAAUGAUAUUCCCUAUGUAAGUUCACUAAUCAGCGGGCAGAAUAGGAAUACAAAGCACAUGGUAGAGGCAAGCUAUUUGAUUUUGGUGAUUGCUUCUGUGCUAGGCAUGCUUAAUUCAAUUUUGGAAAGAAUAUCACCAGAUGUCACUCCUGAGGAUAAAAGUUACAGCUUGCCCUGGAUACCUGAUUUUGUCCCCAAAAUUGGCCUGGGCAUAAUUAGUAAUGGAUUUUUCAGCUGCUCGAGCACUGUUGCUGUUAGAAAUGCAGAGCAUCAGUCUUUUUGUUGCGCGUCUUUGGUGCAGGGACUACGUUAUAUGAGAUGCCAUGUUCAAGGAAGUCCUGUCAUCCUCGAUGAAGGUGUGAAGUCAGAUAAUGUGACUAACACAGUUGUGACAGCUUCAAAUUGGAUCAGUUCUUCCCUAGGGUUGUCUUUGAUUGCCGGACCUGGACAAAUCUAUAUGUUGGAGAAAGCUUUUGAUAUGAUUUUUGAACCUUCCAUUCUGAAGUAUCUCAAAUCAUCUAUACACAAAUUUGCCUCUGAGAUGGAAUUACUGAAACCUUUUGAAUGGGACAUAAAUGAAGAUGGAUAUCUGCUCUUCAGCAGUGUUCUCAAUUCACAUUUCAGAUCCAGAUGGUUAGCCGUCAAGAAGAAGCAUUCAGAUAAAUACGCAGGAAAUAAUAGCAGCACUAAGAUUUCAAAAACACCAGAGACAUUGGAGACAAUUCAAGAAGAAACAGAAUUGACAGAAGCUGUAAAUCAACCUUGCAACACAUUAGUGGUAGAGUGGGCGCAUCAGAGACUGCCUCGUCCUAUCCAAUGGAUUCUAAGCGCAGUUUGCUGCAUUAAUGAUCCAAAAGGCACGCUCUCAACAUCAGCCAACUAUAUUCUUGAUAUGUCAAGGGCUGGUCUUAUCUUCCUUUUAGGAAUUGUAUGGACAGCAUCUGAACAGGUUAUGCCAGAAAUUCUAGCAAUGGAGAUCAGUAGCCUCGAAAUUCUCAGGUUCCAGGAGAAAAUUCAUGGAAGCUACACUACUUUUGUUGAGAACCUAGUUGAUCAAUUUGCAGCUGUCUCAUAUGGAGAUUUUGUUUUUGGUCGGCAAGUGGCCAUUUAUCUGCAUAGAAAGGUUGAGCCAGCAGUACGGCUUGCAGCAUGGAAUGCACUGUCUAAUGCGUAUGUGCUUAACCUGUUACCCCCGCUAGACAAAUGCAUUGGCAACGCCCAAGGAUACUUGGAGCCUCUUGAGGAUGAUGAAAAAGUUUUGGAAUCUUAUGCUAAAUCAUGGACGUCUGGUGUCCUUGACAAAGUUUUACAGCGUGAUUCCAUGGCCUUCACAUUGGCAAAGCAUCACCUUUCAGGCUUUGUCUUCCAGUCCAGCGAUUCUGGCAAGACGCUGCGAAACAAGCUGGUCAAAUCGCUUAUCCGGUGCUAUGCACAGAAGCGGCAUCAUGAGCAAGCUAUGCUGAAGAGCUUCGUUCUGCAAGGCAUCACACAGGAUUCCAAUAGCAGUGGUAAUGAGCGUGAUCGGCGAUUUGAAAUCUUGAAGGAUGCCUGUGAGAUGAACUCCUCCCUCUUAGGUGAAAGUCCAGAGACUGAAGGCGUGUCUUGGCCAAUGAAGGCCAGAAACUUAAGUGUGUCAUUGACUAGUGAUUACUUUCAAUUUUGA